AUAUAGCAGCGCUGGUUAAUAAUAGGAGCGCGGCUGUCAGGCGCGGGGCCAAGGAUCGGCCUCCUCUCAUUGGAUCCGUGCGGUUUUUUCCGCUACUUUCUGGUGAAGCGCUGGUGGGAGGAGAAUUUCCAGCAAGUAGUGAUAUCAGAAAUAAACCCCGUCCUGUCUGAGGGAAGAGCAGGACAUAUAAAUACCCCUGAUGUGUCCAGACUGCAGUGGAACUGCUUAGAGGAACAGACAGUUGAGAAACAGGCUGGACGCACCGCUUCCUAAACAUUACGCUUCAUUUCUCCCCUGCUGCAGCCAGAAGAUGCGCAUCUACGCCUGCUUCGCCUCCUGGUUCCUCUGCUGGUUCAGCGGAGCGCUCGCCUCCCGCUUUGAAUCGGAGGAUGUUGUACCUGUUAGGAUGAACGGUCGAAUCAGAGGGCGCUUCUGGAAAAGGAGCGAGGAGAACCCGGUGUUUACCCUCAGAGCUUUCGGCAGGAACCUGACACUCAACCUCAUCCCGGACUCCAGCUUUCUAUCGCCGUCCUUCACCAUCCAGCGCAUUAGAGCCGCGGAUGGAGGCGCUUUGCGCAGCGGCUCAGGUGCCCGAGCCGACCUGCGCUCCGGCCCCUGGGGCCCCAUGAACCGGACAGAGGAGAGCGGAGGACGGCUGCAAAGCUGCUUUUACUCCGGUAACGUGGGUGAGGACCAGAACUCGCUCGUAGCGGUUAGUCUGUGCUCGGGCAUCUUUGGCUCCUUCAUCACGGAGGGGAAGGAGUAUCUGAUCGAGCCCAAAGUGCGCAGCGCCCGGGGGCCGGACUCUGCCGAGAGGCUGCAUGUGAUCAGGAGGAGGACAGCCGCCGACAGCCCCGCGCUCCCCCUCUUGUUUGAUGGCUCUGCGGAGGCGCGCGGAGCGGAAAGUUUUACGCGCGGCAGCGGUGACGCACGGAGGGAAGCUCGACGCAGACGCUUCGUUUCAGAGCCAAGGUUCAUAGAAACCCUGGCUGUAGCAGACUCAACCAUGACCCACUUCUAUGGAGAUGAAAUAAAGUACUACAUCCUCACCCUCAUGUCCAUGGCGGCUCAGAUCUACAAGCACCCCAGCAUUAAGAACUCUGUGAACAUAGUGGUGGUAAAGAUGCUGGUGGUGGAGGAUGAGGAGAUUGGACCAAAGAUCUCCAGCAAUGGAGGCGUGGCUCUAAGGAACUUCUGCUCCUGGCAGCAGAUCUUCAACCCACCAAGCCAGAGGCAUCCAGAGCACUAUGACACGGCCAUGCUGUUCACUAGAGAGGACAUCUGUGGACAAAAGAGCUGCGACACUCUGGGUGUGGCAGAUGUCGGGACGAUGUGUGAUCCCAAGAGGAGCUGCUCGGUUAUCGAGGACAACGGCCUGCAAGCUGCCUUCACUGCUGCACAUGAGCUCGGCCAUGUGCUGAGCAUGCCGCAUGACGACUCCAAGACGUGCGAGAUGCUGUUUGGGGACCUGGGAGGGCAUUUCCUGAUGGCCCCUCUGUUUGUCAGCCUCAACAGAUCAGCUCCUUGGUCUCCCUGCAGCGCCCUCUACAUCACCGAGUUCUUUGACAACGGCCACGGUGACUGCCUCUUGGACAUCCCGGAGAGCAACAUUCCCCUUCCCCAGGAACUGCCGGGCACCCUGUACGGCCUGGACCAACAGUGCCAGCAGAUCUUUGGAGAGGAGUUUGUCCACUGCCCCAACACAUCAGACAGUGAUAUCUGCAGUCAGCUGUGGUGCCGAGAGGACGGCAUGCCGCAGUGCUCCACCAAGAAUGGCAGCCUGCCCUGGGCCGAUGGUACUCCCUGCAGCGCCAAUGGAAGCUGUCUGCAUGGAGCAUGCAAGACGACAGAGGAAGUGAUGCAGCCACUGACGGUUGUGGAUGGCAGCUGGAGCUCGUGGGGACCGUGGCAGCAGUGCUCCAGGACAUGCGGAGGUGGGGUGGAGUUCUCCUACAGAGAGUGUGCUGACCCUGUGCCUCAGAAUGGAGGGAAAUACUGUGAGGGACAGAGAGUUCGGUACCAGUCCUGCAACACAGAGCCGUGUGACACCAGUGAAGGUAAAAGCUUCAGAGAAGAGCAGUGUGAGAAGUACAAUAGUCCCAAUUACCUGGACUAUAGUGGGAAGAUGAAACAAUGGAUCCCAAAGUACGCUGGAGUUUCCCCCAGAGACCGCUGUAAGCUGUUCUGCAGAGCAAGGGGCAGCAGUGAAUUUAAAGUGUUUGAAUCAAAGCAGGUGAUUGACGGGACAACCUGCGGCCCCGACACCACAUCAGUGUGCGUUCAGGGCCAGUGUGUGAAAGCAGGCUGCGACCAGGUGAUCGGAUCUAACAAGAGGGUGGAUAAGUGUGGAGAGUGUGGAGGAAAUGGGCUCAACUGCAGAAAGAUAACAGGCUCCUACAACAAAGCAAUCUAUGGCUACAGUGACAUUGUCACGAUUCCUGUUGGUGCUACCAACAUUGACAUCAAGCAGAGGAGCCAUCGAGGAAUCAAGCAUGACGGGAACUACCUCGCUGUGAAAAGAGAAAACGGCGCUUAUAUCCUCAACGGUAACUUCUCUGUAUCCACAGUGGAACAGGACAUUCCCGUACUUGGAGCAGUGUUGAAGUACAGCGGCUCCUCCACUACAUUAGAAAGGAUCCAGAGCUUCAGGCAGCUGAAGGAAGCCAUAACCAUCCAGGUCCUGGCCACAGGUGGGGAUGUCAAUCCUCCUAAGAUCAAAUAUACCUUUUUCAUCCCCAAGGACGUGAUCUUUAACAAAUCUAAAGAAAAGAAGGGCUCCUACUUGUCUUUGCAUAUGAUCAGUGAUGCUCCUGACUGGGUGCUUGGAGAGUGGUCCGAGUGCUCCAAGAGCUGCGGCUCCGGGUGGUCCAGAAGGACCGUUGAAUGCAAAGACAGUGACGGCUUCUUCUCCAGCCAGUGUGACAAAGAGCUGAAGCCCACAGACAUCCGGCCUUGCGGGGAUCUACCGUGCCCCAUUUGGCAGAUGGGUCCUUGGUCUGCCUGCUCACGAACUUGUGGCCAUGGAGAGCGCCGCCGCAGUGUGUUCUGCAUCGACUACACUGGGAAGACUGUAGAAGCAGGGAAGUGUGAUCCAAAUAAAUCACCGGAGCCAGUCUCGGGCGAAUGUAACAACUUUGACUGCUUAUGAAGAACAUGAUUUCAGUCAACUGUCCUUUUUUUGGUCGAAGUGCACAUACAAGCCCAGGAGGAAACAGUGAAUGGGAGCACCAGGAGCAGACAUUUAGGCACAAACAGCUACAGAUGCAAUCUUAACCAACAAGAAAUGCAAAUUUAACUUCUAGAGAAAAGUCUUCAGCUUUCACCUAAAAAUGCAAAGCAACUACCAUCUAAAUGCACCUUAGGUUCGUUUUAUUUCCUAGGAUCUAUAAGCUCUGGUGAACCUGCACUGUGGGUGAGGUAUCUGUAACUGAAGGGGGGGUUGGAUGGACGUGUGAACCUCUCUAUCCCUGGAGCCAUCUUAUAUUCUGUCCAUGUUAGCAGAUAGUUGCAUUCGGUGACAUCAACGACUUUAUCUAUACAGAAGUUGUCUUUUGUUGACAUUUGACAACCACUAUAAAAGUUCUAAACAAUGAAAAUCUACCUCAGGAUGUACAUGUGACGAAGAGAAGUUUAAUUGCUAGUUGCUUUGUGGUUUCCCUUUAGUAAUAUUUAAAAAUAAAAGAUGAAAAUGUUUGGUACCAUUUGUCGUCAAACACAGAAGAUUUGCCCCCAGCUGUCCUUCUGUUUUUUGAGAGCUUUGGCGUCAUUUGCCUCCUUAGCGAGUAGGUACGAGGAAUUGAGGCAUGAUGUUUUUAAUUCUACGGAAGAUGUUUGGAUUUUUUAUUUUUUUUUCAUGCUGAUGGGAUGUAUUUAAAACAGCUCUGUUUCCCAAUUGGUUUAGGGUUAGCUUAGCUAUAGAACCAUGCAUUAGCAUUUAAUCCCUCCCCGCUUUCAUUUUAUAGCCUGACAUAGUCCUACUCAAUUCUAGUCAGAAUGAGUCUGAUGCUGCUCCAUAGAGCUGUGAUUAUGGGGCGUGUGUCAAACGAACCAGGAAAAAAAAUGCCUCUGCACUCAAUUGGAUAGACCUACAACCA